AAGAAUUCUCUACUUUCUUGAAUUCCAUUUCAUCAUCUCAUAUCAAAGAAACAUCAAAAGACCUAUCUCACAAUAUACUAUAUAACACAGAUGAUCUUCACACAUGCUUUAACAGAUUUCUUCUUCAUUAUCAGUUACCACUUCUCGCUUAUGGCCAAACUAUUCAAACCCUAAUUCAACAUAUUGACAAAUAUAACAACAACAAAACUGUAUCUAGUAUCACAUUUUCUGUUAAUUUAUCUCAUAAUGAAACUCUCAUAUAUCUUCCUAAUGACACUCUUACCUGA